AUGUCCGAAGAUGUACUUCAUGAAGACGCAACGAGGGGGCAUCAACCGAAAAGACACAAUGCCAAUUACCACGACGACGGUGACGGUGACGGCGACGGCGUAGACGAGAUGUCGGUGGCAACGAGUGGCACACACGCGGAUCGGUAUUAUACAACGGCGACGGCCGUGGACGCCGGUGGCGGCAAGUGGCGCACACGCGACGCGGGUAAAGCUGCGACGAGCCGUGAACGUCGGUUGCGGCGAUGGCGCACACACAACGUGAAUAAACGCGGCGACAAACCGUGA